UCGCCUGAACUAACGCGAAGCGGUUCGCCAGGUUCAGUGCUUUAGUCACUUGAGCAAUUAUUGGUUAUCGUCUGAAAGCCAGUCUAAUUCACACACCACGAGUCAAAUGACUUCCAAAGGCAUCAUACUUCAAGCGAUGCACAAACAAGGUAUCGGCUCAUCCCAAGCCGUCCAUCGUCCACAUCACCUAGCAUAUCUUCGACAUGCCUGCAAAGCGCCUCUCUACUUUUGUUUCUCACUUGACUGGCUCUUCUAGCUCCAGCUCAGAGAAGCACAAGAAAUGGGACAAGCUUCCUACGUUUGAUGAGCUCCCGAAAUUUAACGACUUUGCAGGGUGUGCAUGGACCGUGUGGGGUGAAGGCGACGAGCUUGGGACUAUAAACCUACUGACCGAGGAGGUAUUACGGUCAGCCGCGAGAGAAGUGAAAACGGGACAGACUGUUUGCUUGAACUGGCCUCUCAAUUUCCCAGAGAAGCCGCUCUUUUCACGGAAACCACCCCAUAUCGAGGUCAUCAAACCUUCGCCGACGGCAACCUGGCACGAUGAUGAAAUUAGUAUUAACUCUCAAUCGGGUUCCCAGUGGGAUGGUUUGAGGCACUUCGGCAUCAUUAAACAUGGUGUCUUCUACCAGAAUACACCUUCCGAAUUCUUUAAGAUGGGAAAAGUUCCCAAUGCGGACCCUCUCAAGAUGGAUAAAGACCUUAUUAAAUAUGGAAUCCAAAACUGGGCUCGGCAUGGUAUCUGUGGACGUGCGGUGUUCCUUGAUUUGGUUCGAUUCUUUACGAAGGACGGCAAACAGCUACCGUAUGAUCCGUGGACGACUCAUGGGAUUACUGUCGCUGACCUAGAAGCAUGUGCGCGUGAUGAAGGCGUCAAGUUCCAGCAAGCGGAUAUCCUUCUCAUACGUGCCGGAUUCAUUAAGAAAUAUUAUGAGAGCAGUCAAGAAGAUAAAGAUGCAUUGCGCGGCAAACAAGAGACGUUUGCUGGGAUUGAGCAAUCAGAAGAAAUGAAACGAUUCCUCUGGAACAACCACUUCGCGGCAAUUGCUUCUGACCAGCCGGCGCUUGAGCGUUGGCCUCCUGAAGAAGGAACUCAUAUGCACCAGACCAUAAUUGGCUUGUGGGGUAUGCCAAUCGGCGAAAUGUUCGACCUGGAGAAAUUGUCUGAAGUAUGCGCUGCAAACGGGCGUUAUACGUUCUUUUUCACUUCGUGGCCGCUCAAUGUCCUUGGUGGAUGCGCGAGUCCUCCAAACGCCGCAGCAUACUUCUGAUGCGUUUCGACCCCAGAAAGAAACGAGCAUAAAUUAUGAGCGGAAGAACUGAGCUCGAAGCGACCUUUAUCUAGCAGGAUUUCAUGAGGAAAUCCAGUACCCACCUUUAAGGAGUUAAGAGAUCGAAUUUUUAAAUUGUAAAUAAAUCAACACAAGUAACAAGGGGUGUAGU